AUGACUUUCCUUGGUCCUUCUACCACUAAGAAAGUCAAGGGCAUCAAAUCCUCCAUUCAAGAGGAUAUCAGACGACCACUCGCUCUCCUUAGUCAAAAUGUUAACCGCUCCAAGCCUACUACCGAAAGACCCAGCUCUUACAUAACCAACGAAUCCAAGAAAGCCAUAUCCGUCUUGAUAAAUCAGCAUGAGCAAGCCAAAUCUGAGCUUGAGGACCACAAAUCAUCCGAGUCGAAGAUGAAGAAUGAAGUUGAAGAGCUGCGCACACAAAUCCAAGAGCUUCAUGAUACCAUCAAACAUGAUCGGGAUGAUCUGAGAGAAUUGAAUAAAAUUAUCGAGGGGGACAUUCAAGGGACUUCUUCUGUUCCAGAUACACAUGAAGCCCUUCUCGAAAAGCUAAUCGCUAGAGAAUCUGCUAUUGAUCGAGAAAUCCUCAAUCUCCGGGAUGAUAAGGUUAAGUCGAGAGCUGAACUUUGGUUUGACGCUGUGGGAAGAGUAGACGAUUCAAUUGUACAUCCGAGUCAAGCUAGCCGAGACAGAAACCUAGCCAUGCGCAAGGAAAUGUAUGUUAGGACCAAGCGUUCUAUUGCUCAAGAAACAAAAGCUGUGCUACUAUCAACCAAAGAGGAUAUUCGAAAGCAGAAACUCGCCAUAAUGCGCAAUGACAGUGUUGCAGGCCACGUUCCACUUGCUCCUCCUUCGCCGAUUUCCAUGGAUAGCGAUCAGGUUUCAUUUGUAGCUGAAACUCCACUUGCUGAUCCUUUCGUCGAGAACGCUCCACAAAAUCGAGAUAGCUCUUGGGCUACGAUCUACGGAGACGAAUCCUCGACUAGACCUAGUCGUAUCUUCAGUGAAUACAAUCGGACAGCACAAGAUAGUCAUAGAACAACACUCAAUAGAGAACAAUCUUCCAACGUCUUGGGUGGUUUAUUUGAUGAAGACACGCAGACAGAAGAAGACAGUCAUAGGGCAGCACUUGAGGAUAACAGAUCCCUCAGACUCCAAAUCCAGACUACCGAGCGAAAAGUCCAAGAAUGGGAGGGAAAUUUUGAUCGCUUCAAAAUCGAAACCCAAGCCACGAUUGCAAGACUAGCUUCCGACAUUUCUUUCAGUGAAGAAUCUCUUCAAGAAUAUAAGAACACUUUAGACGACGCUGAUGAAAUGCGCGAACAACUGGUACACGAUUUAGCACAGAUAGAAGGAGACAGAGACCGACUUUGUGUUAUAGUUGAAGAGGUUGGCCUUCCUAUCUUAGCACGAAACGCUGAAAAUAUGAAGCGAAUCAAGCGCGAUGGCGUUUUUACAACACUCGGCAACAGUCAUCUUCCAUUCAACGAAAGUCUUGUCCACAAUGGAAAUUAUGCCGCAACUGGAGGUCACAUUGAUGCACAUCUAGCCUCUAUUCUUCUAAGUGAGAGGGAAAUUGUGAGCGGUCCCGUCAUCAGUCACGAAAUGUUCCUUAACAUGUAUGGCGUUUCUGUUGGUGAAUACCGACACUUGUACAAAGUAUCUGACAGACUCGAUGAGAUGUUCAAUAUGCACGCUAUGCUUGUGGAAUCUGGUUCUUUUACUGAAAAGACACUUUCCGAGACUCGAGACUCUUUGUUUCAGAAUUUUUUCACUCAGGGUUUGCUUCAAUUCUAUACGAUUGACGCAUCUAGCGCGGUGGAGAAAGGUCGUAUUUUCGACUCGCAGGAUGGGGAAGACCAAAUUCAGACAUUCAAUGAGAUGUUGGAGAUAGUGCAGGAUAUUAAGAGAAUGCAGAGGGAUGCAACAUUGGAACCGGUGACUGAGCAAAUAGUUUCUGAGGAAUCGGGUUCAGAGGAAUCAAGUUCUGAGUAUUCGGUUUCUGAGUCGGUUUCUGAAUCCUGA